CGUGCCCCCGUUCUGCCAGCUCCCACCUCUCCGCACAUCGCGGAUCUGCCUGUGCUGUCCGGCCGCCUUUACCCCCCGGAUCAUCUGCCUAUUCGAUAUCGUUGCUCUUGCUUACCAUGAGUCAGCCUCAGCCCAUCGGCCUCGUCGAGAUUCUGGCAGGCAAAUGCGAGCGGGUCGCAUCCUCCAAUCUGAUCAAGCCAGACAACAGAAAAGGAGUGCUCAUCCUGAGCGUUUCCGAUGAGGACGGACUCACCCACCUUUACUGGAAGGACCGGACCUUAAAUGCGGUCCAGGACGACUGGAUCGUCUUCCCGAACGAUGCCAGUCUUCAAAAAAUCGGCAUGGCGCGCACAUAUGUCCUCAAGUUUGUGUCGUCGUCCGAACGGCACUUUUUCUGGAUCCAAGAUCCGGACGAAGCCAAGGACGCCGAGACCAUCGAGCAGUUCAACACCCUCAUCAACAAUCCUCCCGCCUUGGAUGAUGAGGAUGGAGACGAUGUUGGCGACGAGCACGACGACUCUAUGCAAGACAUCGAGCAGGAAGCAGGGCCCCAGCAAUCCAGCUCGCACCCGGUGCCGUUGCAACCACACGGAAUGAGCCAGCCGCUGGGCAGUCUAACACUCGAGCAGCUCAGAAGCAUCCUAGCUGGGAUCCCCAGUGGGCCAGGCCAAGCAGAGAUCAAAGACAUCAAUCUCGCUGCUGUCCUGACAGCCGACAACGUCUCUCCUCUGCUCAACGACGCAGCGGUUUGUGAGAGAUUGAGCAAGAACCUUCCGGCGAGUGACGCAUCUGCGACGGGAAUUCGGGAGACGCUCCAAAGCCCGCAGUUCCGCCACUCGCUCCGAUCUUUGACCAAGGCGAUUCAGUCUGGACAGCUCGGUCCGAUGCUGCGCGAGUUUGGCAUCGAUGACAGCAAACCCAUCUUCACUGUUGAAGCGUUGCUCAAGGCAUUCCAGGAGAAAGCGGCCCGAGAUCGUGCAUCCCAGUGAAGAUGCGAGCCGGAUGGCCGUUUCUUGUCUCUCAAUACACAAAUGUGUCAGAACACCAGCAACCGACGGCACUCUGGAUACCGGCAACGCUGCGCCGCGAGACUGCGGACUCAUCCUAUAUGCGCGG